CCUUGCUGUGCAAAGAUUAGAAGGUGCUGCACACCGAACUGUUUCGUCUAAAAACAUGGCUUUUCUUCGCUUUAGAUCAGUCUAUUGCAUCUCAAAAAAUGAUAUAGAUAUAAAUGAACGUACAAUUUUCAGUUCUGUGUGUAUAACAACAGCAACAUUGUCUGCUUACGGCGCAUUUGUCCAGCUUCGAUUCUGGUCUCGACAACUAAAAGACUUUGAUAGCAGAAGGAAGCCUUCUUCAAAUCCUGUCAUAGUAUUCUGUUUAGCGCUAGCUGACCUUUUUACAUGUAUUGGUGUCAUUUUGAUGUCUAUUCUACUGAUGACUGUGUCUCCACCUUAUCAUAACCCAAAGUUAGAUAAAAAUAUACCAAAGGAAAAGUGGUACAAAUACAUAGCUGUUCCCAUAGAGAGUUUCACCAUGUUUGCCUAUAUAUCUUCCUACAUGUGGACCCUGGCAUAUGCCUUGGAUAUAUGUCUACAAGUUUAUAACAAAGAUAAAAGCCUGAGAACAAGAGGAUACCUGAUCUGUUUCUGGUUAGCUCCUGUCUGGUUAGUUGUUGUUGGCCAAUAUGCAAACCUUUACAAAUCAAUAGGAUUUUGUUCUAUAAAAGAUCAAGAAAUAUUACAUUACAUGGUGUGUUUCAUUCCGCUUGUCUGUGUGGUUAUCUUACUUCCCAUUAUUUAUAUCCUGGCUGUUUUGAAACUUCGGAAGAACAUCAUGACUGCUCAUGGCUGUUAUACCAACGCUGAACGAGAACUCUUGUUUGCUGUCAAAAAGAAGUUUCUGCUGAUUGUAUCUGUUUUUAUGAUUUGUUGGAUAACUAAUGUAGUGGAUGGAUUCAUUGACUUUUCCAUUGUGUUGCAACAAAAAGAUCAGUAUGUAAAGGAAAAUGGUACUUCACAACAUUUCAAACUGCACUUCCCCAUAUGGAUUGUAGAGGCCAUUGUCAACCCUCUACAAGGGUUUCUCAAUUGUAUUGUCUACGGACAAGCGAGGGAAAUGAUGAGUUGCUGUCGAAACUGUUGUCGACCAUCAACAUAUGCAGCGUACACAUCAUUUAUCUGGCCCGAGACGAGAUCCGAUCCAAGUGAGAGUUUCCUCAUCAACAGCCAAGAGGUUCUUGAACGCAGUCCGUUACUUCGUCAAGCUGACAAUGAAUCUCGAAAUAUAGCCCACUCCGAGGGUAAGACGUCACCGUUCUUUGAGGCCAAGAAAACGUAUAUUCCACGGUUGCUAGGGGAACCAAGGAUUACUUAACAGGAAAUAAAAGAAGAUAACUCAUGUUGACCAGAAUCAUGAGAAUCUUUGAGAGAUAUACCAGAGUACAUACUAGAAACGAUGUAUGGUAUAUAAAAGAGCAUUACACAAACAACCACAAGAAGCAUUGUAUUGAACGUCCCUCGAUAUUUCUCGAUAUUGAACGCCUGGUUUUCUGUAGGCGGUGUUUCAUUUGUGGGAGCAGAAUUGGGUGACACUGAUGAAGAUAACUUUUUCAAGGAGUAAAACGCUAUAGAAUAACAAGCGAUUACGGUCGUCACCAUCAAUGCCUGAUAAGAUGAAGCCAAAAAAAUAAGAAUAUGGAGUGGGAGACUGACCAAAACUAAAACAGGAAUAGUUAUGAUACCUGUAGCUAUCCACCCWAUUAGAAGAACCAAUGCAGUACGCUUGAAAGUAACAACACUUCGAUACAUGUUCUUCAAUCGAAUGGCCAACAAACGAUCAACACCGAUAAUUGCUAUAGUCAAGAGAGACUUUGCUCCCAUCCAGUACCCAAGUACUUUAAGAGCAAGCCAAACGCUACAGAAAACCUCCUUUAAAUUCAUUAGAAUUGUGAUGUUUUCGACGACGGCCAACGGCUGUACAAUGGCGCCCGAGAUAAAGUCCGUGAGAGCAAGAUUUGCUAUCAGAAUGUACGAAGGUUUGUGUAAAGAAGGAGUCCUCCAGAUCGUGUAGAGGACAAGAGCGUUCAAAAAUGUUGCUGAGACGGAAUUUGUCGCGAAUACCACAGAUAAAGGUAUUCGGUAAUCUGGUAGCUUAAGAUCAAACAAGUCGUAACCGCAGCGAGCGUUCAUUUUGUACAGUAUAUAGAACACAAGUAAAGAGAUUUGAAUGGAAAUCCCCAAACAGACUGUAAAUCCACCUGUUAAAAUUGAUCUGGGUACCCUGAGCACGGCGAUGUUUCUCUUGGUACUUUGACUAGUUCAAGACGCUUUCACUCUUCGAAAAAUAUUUCCUUGAAAAAUAAUAAUAUAAAUGUUUAGUUUACAAGCA